UCACUUGCUAAGCUAGCAGCUUAAUCUCAUCUUCUGGUGUUAUAGUGAUAUAUAUAAAAUGGGUAGAGAAAAAGGUCAGUCUUCAAGACUAACCACCACCACAAAAACACCUGCUCCCAAAUUGGAAAGGAAGUAUAUAGAGAAGAAUAGAAGGAAUCACUUGAAGAGCCUCUACACCGACCUCUUUUCUCUUCUCCCUGCUCACCAGAUGCAGGAGAGGAUGGCAUUGCCGGAUCAGCUGGACGAAACGGUGAAGUAUAUAAAAUGUUUGGAGAAUCAGUUGGAGAAGUGCAGACAGAAGAAGGAAGAGUUGUUGCAGAAGAGCAGAAAGACACCAAAUUCUUCAUCAUGUCGUAACUGCAUGGCGGCGGCCGGCGAGCAGAGCGAGCCGCCGGAGAUGCAAGUUGUUGAUACCAGUCCGGGCAUGUCGGUUGUUUUGAUCAAUGGACUGGAAAGUAUCUUUCAGUUUUACGGCAUCAUCCGCGUACUUCAUAAACAACAAGGCCUCCAAGUUACUAAUGCCACUUUCCAAAUCCACGGCAAUUCUACGUUGCAGGUUGCCCAUGAACAGGUUGGCAAGUCGGAGAUGGGAAUGGUCGCUGAGAGACUAAAAGAGGUGAUUAAAGGGUGCCCCGGCGGGGAAGCAAUAGAAUCAGAACCGCUAAAUUCAUGGGAUAAUAAUUAUGACAUCGAACAAGAAAAUCUGGGAUUUCCCGUAUUAGAACAGUUCCUGGUACAAUGUCAGAACGACCCGCCACCCAGUUUCUUUUGGACAGCGGGAAACGAGUAUUAUUGCGCCCAAAAUUAGUACUCCUAAUUAAUUAGAGAACAAAAAAGUAGGUGUACAUUGGACAGGAGGAAAGACCAAUUCAAGCAGCCAUACUUCUAUUUCAUUUAAUUUAGUUAGUUGUUGUAUAUUUGUAAUACUCUCCGUAUAUAAUUUUCAAUAUUACUUAGUACAAUCAUGUAUGACAAUACAUGAUUGUUUUGAGUACACUAGACAUUAUGGCUCUGUUUGGUACAAUAGUUAGCCUAUAGGCC